CCUCUCUGCUCCCUCCCUCCUCCACACACACACACACACACACACACAGACACACACAGACACACACAAUCUCUCUCUCUCUCUCUCUUCCGUCUGUCUUUCUUUCUACCUCUCAGUCUGUGAUAAUGGAGCCCAGCAGUCCGAAGAAGAUCCAGUUUGCUGUGCCUCCUCUGCAGGGACAGUUGGACCCACAGGCCGCCGAACAUAUCCGCCGCAGACGACCGACUCCUGCGACUCUGCAGAUCUACAGACCACCUGGCACAGAUGUUGGAGAUCAGAACAACGCCAGCGGAGAGUCACAGGAGUCCGAUUCAUCUCAGAGGAAGCAGAGCACCUUCGCCCCCCCCACCAUGAAAGAGCUUCAGCUGGGGGUGGAGCAGCAUCUCCUGGGGGCGGGGCUGAGCGAGACGGACAGUGGCCAGCUGAGCCCAAUCACUGCACAGCUCUAUGCCACCGGUCCUCUGUGGGCCAAUCACAACGGGCCAGAGGAGGCCAACGGGAACGAGGUGCCGUUAGCCAAUCAGGAGAGAGGAGUGGCCGAUGGCAACAGUUUAGGGGAUUUGUCACGUGACCACAAACAGGAAGCGUCCAGUCCUGACUCUGUUUCCCGAUAGCCAUCUCUACCUCCUCUCCUUCAUCUCUCCUCCUCAUCCUCCUUCCUCCUCCUCCUCCUCCUCCUCUUUUCCGCCAGCUGUUCAUCAGAUCAUAUUUAACUCGCUGCUUCUCUCACGCACAUCAACACUGUGUUGUCUCAUCUGAUGGCAGCUAUGCCUCACUACACACAUACUACACACACACACACACUACACACUACACACUACACAUUACACACACUACACACUAAAAAAACACACACUACACACUAAACACAGGUUAAAUGUUCAGAAUCAGUGGAAACUUAAAUACUGAAGGUGAAGUUUUGCUUGUGAAGAAACGGCUGUGAAUAAAAAUAUAUUAUAUUGGAACGUUUACUGAAAGUCUGAGUUGAAUUACCCUGCAUGUGUGUGUGUGUGUGUGUGUGUGUGUGUGAGUGACCUUGCAUGAACUGGUUGAGUUUAAAGGUUUUGGUUGGAUUGUGUGUUUGUACAAAAUAACUCAACAACACAUUGAAAGAUCUUCAACAAACUUGGCAGGAUCGUUACCUGAGAGUUUAUCUGCACAUGAUUAAUUCUCCUGGCUGAUUGAUGAAGGUCAAGUGAAAUAUGGUUUCGAAAAAACACGACAAUCAAAAGAUUAACAAAUGAUUCAAAUGAGGUCAAGUGACGUCAUGAAGAAGUCAGGAUCAAGUCCAAUGAGGGAAACGUUUCCUCUUCAAACCCGUGUCCAACUCUUCAUCCAUCAACUCCUUCAUUCAUUUCAGUUUUUCUGCCACAGACAGAUUUACUGUGGUUCAGGUUUUGCUCUUGGAGGUUUAAGCAGGUUUCUCUGUUGAUGCUGAGUUUUGACGUGAAGCAGGAAACCUGAUGAUUUAUUCAGGGGACACGAUUCUUAUUCUUUUCUGCCAAACAGUCACAGGUUUAUUCCAGUUUCCUUCCAGGUAAUAACUGUUUGUGCACAUGUGAUCUAAUGAAGUGGUUUAUAAUGAAUUUUAAUGUUUGAUUUGUUGAAAAUUUACCUUUUGAAUGAGUAGAUGGGACUUUUAUUGGAAGGUAUUAAGCCAGAAUAGUAAAUUAAAUUAAAUCAUAUCUUUAUGUUUCAUUUUUAGAAUGAUGGUUGAAGUGAUAAUGUGGAAGAAAAAUCAAGAUUCAGGUUUUUAGCAGAUUAAAUCUGACAAAAAAAGUUAUAAUAACUGAAUUCUAUUCCAAGACACUUUUUCCUGGAGGUUCCAACACAGUUUCAAAUUGAAGAACCUCCAAAAGUUAUUUAAAGGUCAGUAAGUGUCUUGUUAUAAUUAGUAUUUAAUAAUGUUAAAUCUAAGCCGAGUUUUUGUU